GCCCAAGUCUCAGACAGACCUGGACAAUCUGCUGAGAGAAAACAUUAUUAUUAGCCUAAUUUAGGUGAAAGUAAAAACUGUCCACCAAGAGAGAGAGAGAGAGACGAGAUUUUCACCAGACAAAAUGGGUACAAAAUACGAAAAGGAUUUCUGCUGCAUCAUGUGCAAUGACAUCUUUAAGGACCCCGUGCUCCUGACAUGCGCCCACGCUGUGUGUGAACCCUGCCUAAAGCACUUCUGGGUGGACAAUGGUGCCCACGAGUGCCCUGUCUGCAGGAGGAGGUCAUCGAAGGGUCAGCUGCUGCCAAACCUGGUCUUGAAGUACCUGUGUGAGACGUUCUGGCAGGAGAGAAGUCAGAAACCUCGGGCAGGGUGUGAGGAGCUCUGUAAAGAGCACAGCGAGCAGCUCAACUUCUACUGUAUGGAGCAUGACUUCCCCGUGUGUCUCGUGUGCCGCUUCGCCAGAAAACACACGUGCCACACCAUCAAACCACGAAACGAAGAGGAAUUUGAACCGUUUGACCUUAAGGAGGAACUGAAGUUGAGUCUAGGGCGACUAAAGACCAGACUGGAAGACCUUGAAGAAGCACAACUCGCUGGAGACGAAACCACACAUUGCAUUACGGCUCGGGCCAUACACAUCGAGCAGCUGAUCACGGAGGAGUUUGAGCAGUUCCACCGGUUCCUGCGGGACGAGGAGAAGGUCCGGCUGGCCAUCGUGAGGCAGGAGAAGGAGGAGAAGCUGCAGAUGCUGCGGGAGGUGAGCGGCCGCAUAAGGAGGAAGAUGACCUGUCUGAAAGACGCCAUCAAAGCCAUACAAAGGAAAUUGGAAGCUGAUGGGGUCACAAACCUGACGGAUUACCGGAAGACCGUUGAAAUAACCGAUUGCAAACUGCAGGAGCCAGAGAAAGUUUCAGAAGCUCUGCUCAAUGAGACGAAGCACCUGGAGAAACUGAAGUACCAAGUCAUUAAGCAGUUGAGAGAGACUGUUGAGAAGCCUGCUUUGACUCUGGAUCCCAACACUGCACACCCAGAUCUGGUCCUGUCUGAGGAUCUGACCACUGUGAGAUUCGUUGAAAAUAACCCACAGAGGUAUGACUUGUACCACAGUGUGCUGGGCUCUGUGGGCUUUGACAUGGGCACUCACUGCUGGGAUGUGGAGGUUGGGGACUAUCCACGCUGGAUUCUGGGCGUGAUGGCGGAGUCUGCUAAGAGGAAGGGAGACUUCACCCCCAUGAGUGGACGCUGGUUUAUGUGGCGUAACGAUGACGAGUACGCUGCGCGCUCUACGCCGACCCCCUCCACUUUCCUUAAGGUGGAGCAGAAGCCGCAGAGAAUCCGAGUGCAGCUGGACUGGAACGGAGGAGAAUUGUCAUUCUUUGAUGCGGAUACUUUUGGACACAUACACACUCUCAAAGACACUUUCAAGGAGAAAGUGUACCCAUACUUUAACACAGUCUUUACUAUGAAGGUGUUGACAGCAACUUCAGAGUGGAUAACACCAGAAGAUGAGGGGUGGACCCCGAUACCGUAAUAGCCUGCCUAUUAACCCAGGUUUAUUCAUUGGUUUUGCACAAUGUCUUCAGAUAUGAGGUUAAUACACAGGGGCAGGCUAUAUGUGGGAACGCAUAUCUUCUCUUUAUGAUUAAAGCACAAUCUGAUUGGGGGACUGGGUUAUUGGGCACUGUGGUUAAUACGUAAGGGAUAAUGGAUGACAUGGUGGUCUGUUAACAGAAAUUAAUGCACGUUCUAAAUUACGCAGGACAAUGGGGAAUUUAACCAAGCAGUGGAAUAAAUGCGUGCAGUGAACACAUGUUUUUUUUUUCUCACUGGGAUCCUGUAACAGAGUAGAGGAAGACUGAUGGGCCUCACACAUUUAGUCAACUAAAGUGCUAUAUCAAUAAAAUGUUUAUUGAUUAUUAUUAUUUAGUCAACUAAAGUGCUAUAUCAAUAAAAUGUUGUGACGAUUAUUGACCAGUAAUGUGACAUGGCAGGCAGGGGACAACAAGGAUGUACUACUAUCAGUAUCAGUGUGUUGGGACUGGUCUUGCGUGUUGUAAUAGACCUCUGAAGUUCGCCUACAAAAAGGAACCAAAGCUGCCAUCUUUGCCCAUAUAAGGAGAUCCGGGUGUUAAUUGAAGCUAACUACCUAUGGCAAGUUGCACUACAAGUUAGCUCUGGGGUAGCAAAAAUGUAUCUUUUCCGUCUUAACAUAUGGUCUUCACAUACUGAACAUCACAGAAGCCACUCGAAGGCAGAGGACAUUUUACGAUCAUUUAAAACCCCCAUGUUAUUUUCCUAUAGGAAAAAUCGCAAGAUACCCGAUCUCAAAGAUGGCAGCUUUUUUAUAGGUGAACUUCAGAGGUCUAUUGGUCAGUGUACAGCACACUCUUUGUGGACUUCCCUCUAACAAUAUCUCUGGAAAAAAAAUAAAGAGGAGGACUUU